AAAAAAUCCCAAAAAACAUCAUCCUGUCACGGGCAUACGCCAUUUUGUUCAGACAGCAGGUAGAAAUUCGUGUUUCGGCCAGCAGAGGGCAGUAAACAACAGGAAAGCGCUCUGUGAUCAAACACCAACGUAGAACCAAGCGCUAAUUCCGGGUUUACAAGGACGUUGUGGGCUGAAUUACAACCAUCCAUUUACUCCCUUCGUAGGUGAACUUUGUAGGGUGUUAAAUAACGGCUUUUAUAUUGUAUCCAGUGCACUAUUUAUGAUAGGGUGUGUUAUUUGGGUUUGAGACACUGUUUGUGUAUCGUACUCGUUCGUGCUCAUGUCUACAUUUUAAAACUGUCGAUGUUUUAAAAUGGCCGGGUUUAUAUGCUUUUUUUUAUAAAUGAAUGUAGAGUUAAAACAAUGCUGUAGAGUGGUAAUUCGUCUCUAAACCAUAACGUGUGUGUGUGACACACACAUACAUAUAAUAUAUAUAUAUAUAGAGGGGGGGAGAGAGAGAGAGGGAGAGAGGACAUUAAUUUGUCCCCUUGCUAUGGCCAGUCCAGCCCACAUGUCCAGGGUCCGAGCCCUGUAUAAGAGGAUCCUCAUGCUGCACAGAUUCAUGCCCAUUGAUCUGAAGGCUCUCGGUGAUCAGUACGUGAAGGACGAAUUCAGAAGACACAAAUCUGCAUCUCCAGAACAAGCCCAGCACUUCAUGAAGGAAUGGGAGGCCUACAGAGACACCCUACAGACGCAGGUGCUCGAGACAGCAGGAAGAGGAAAGAUGGCGUUCGGUGCUGACCUGUCUGAGCGGCAGCUCAGAGACCUUCAGGAAGAACAGAUCGGCCAGCUUUACGAGCUGAUGCUAGAGUCCAACAAACCCAGCCGGCAGUUCCACAUCCAGGAGGACGGCUCACCAAAAUGACAGGCUGUUUAUGAGGAAGAACAGAACUGACUCAUUGUGAUUUAUGUAGUGUCUGUAGACAUUAAGAACAUGUAAUGAUACGUUAUAUUGAUUGCUCCGAAUGAUUGCUCAGUCUUUCUCGAUCGGGUUUGUUCUUUUUUUUUUCUUCCUUCAUCUAUAAAAGAGCGAGACACAAAAAAGCAAUGGUUCCUUCUGGAGCAUAAUUAUCUUCCAGGAAAAAAUUGUUAUCUUCCAGUAUCUAAGUUAAAUCUAUUCUCAGGAGGCACUUACCAUUCUCCAAGCAUGCAAAACUAAAGUGCAAAUCAAUAAUGCCUCUUUUCUUUUAACUCAAUUAUACGAGUUCCUGAAGGGGAAAACCUUAUUAGCCAGCAGACAAUUUUGUUGCUAUAGUUGACACAACUUCAAUGUUCAGUGUGCUUUAGAUGAACUCAUAACAUUACACAAAAAAAUCUGUGUGCUAUAAUAACAAGCUUUAUUUCGGGCUCAGGGUCUCCAUUUUGUAACGUAACGUAAAAGGGAAAUACUUGAAUUUACCAUUGUGAUGCUCUAUUUCAUGACAGUCUGCACUUUACCUGCUUAUAUUUAAUAGAUGAAACGCUUUAAAUGGUCUGCACUUAUGUAGCGCUUUUUUAACCUUAGCGGUUCUACAAAGCGCUUUGCACUGGUUCUCAUUCACCCAUUCACACACACACAUUCACACACCAAUGGUAGCAGAGCUGCCAUGCAAGGCGCUAGCUUGCCAUCGGGAGCAAUUUGGGGUUCAGUG